GGGCCCUCCCGGGUACAGCAUGUGCUUUGAGAAUCCACAACAUCCCCCUUCAGAAAAGCCCAUGUUGCUUUUAGAUAGGACAAAAUUACCAGCACAGUUUUGGCUCACCACCUAUAAUGUGUGUGUGUCAGUGUGACAGACUAACCUUUGGAAAUAUGAGUGUUUGAGUGUCUCGCAGUCUUUACUGUUGCCUGAAUGCCUGUAGAUGUGUGUGUCUCGCUGUGUGUUUUUGUCUGUGUUUCAGUCUGUGUUUGCGUGUUGUUGUCGGUAUUCCCUGGUCUGAUCGCACCUGUGUCUGACAGUCCCUGUCCUGUGCUUACACAGCAUAAGCUGAAGUCUUCACAGAGGGACAAGGUACGGCAGUUCAUGUCCUUCACACAGGCUGGGGAGAAGACAGCUGUGUACUGCCUCACACAGAAUGACUGGAAACUAGAAGUUGCUACCGACAACUACUUUCAGAAUCCAGAUCUCUACUGUAAGGAAUCCAUGAAAACGUCAGUAGACCGGAAAAAACUGGAGCAGCUCUACAAUCGCUACAAAGAUCCCCAGGAUGAGAAUAAGAUUGGUAUUGAUGGGAUCCAGCAGUUUUGUGAUGACCUCUCGCUGGAUCCAGCAAGCAUUAGCGUGCUGGUCGUUGCGUGGAAGUUUCGUGCUGCCACUCAGUGCGAGUUCAGCAAGAAGGAGUUUCUGGAUGGAAUGACAGAGUUGGGGUGUGACAGCCCAGAAAAACUGAAGGCCCUUUUGCCAAGAUUAGAGCAGGAGCUCAAAGAUAGUGGGAAGUUCAAGGAUUUCUACCAGUUCACCUUUAACUUUGCCAAAAAUCCCGGGCAGAAGGGUCUAGACUUGGAGAUGGCUGUAGCCUAUUGGAACCUGGUUCUCUCAGGACGAUUUAAGUUCCUCGAUCUUUGGAACAGAUUCCUUUUGGAACACCAUAAACGAUCCAUCCCAAAGGACACAUGGAACCUUUUGUUGGACUUUGGUAACAUGAUUGCAGACGACAUGUCAAACUAUGAUGAGGAAGGAGCAUGGCCAGUCCUUAUAGAUGAUUUUGUGGAAUUCGCUCGACCAAUUGUAACAGGAUCAAAACGUAAAACUCUCUAAAUCCAAUCCCAACUCUGGAUAGCCAGAACCUUGUUUCUGUUACAGUGACUUCAUAGUUUUUUUAAGACUUGUUAAAAAAAAAAAAAAAAAAAAAAAAAAAAAGAAAAGUGAAAAUUGUAGACUUCAGA